AUUAACCUCCCGCUCUCUCAUCGUCGACUCGGCCUCGCACGCAGUUCGGAAGGAGAGGGAGAGAGAGAAAUAGAGACUGCUGUUGCUGGGCGUUCAGUGACAGUUGCAUUUUUCAACAUACGCAAACAAACAACGGACGCGCGGCUGCUUGCUUUUAUUUUGUUCUGGCGAUGCCGUUGUCCGCCGAGCUGCUGCUGUUGCUGCUGCCGUCGAGCACCUCAUAAAGGAUGCCGUCCGUUUGCGGUGCGCUUGUGGAACUCCACUUGGCUUUUCGCCUCUGCUAGUCAAUAUAAUAACAAUCAAGAAUCGCGCGCGCAUGAAACGUGCAGGGCCCCCGCAGAAUCAGCUGCAAUGAGUCGCGUUGCAAUCGACUGAUUCUUUUUUUUAAUAAUUAUGAGAGUGAUCACUGUGAGCAGCCGCCGAGUUUUUCUCUGUGCCAGUCACAGCAGCCAAUAGUUAUUAGACAAUAGACAGUUACAUCAAAUCAAGCAAACUUAACCGAUUGAUUCUAGAGUGGAGACCAAAGCCAUGAGUAGUAGAUCCAAGGAAAAAGUGGUAGCUGCUUUUCGCAAGCUCUUUCGCUCAUCUGAGAAAAUCACAGAACAAGAGCCUGGUGAUGGUGGCUCUACCAAUUCUCCUUCCAGAAGAAUUCUUGGAAGACACCAUAGACCUGAUGCUGUCACACCAGCAGAAGCUUCAUUGCCUGAAAAGCCAGGUACCAGUCAAACCAAUAAUGCCAAAUGCUUCUUCAAAACAAAGAAGCAAUCACAAAGUACUGCAGUGCCAGAGAGGGGCAUACGCUUGCGAAGACUGAUGCGUGAAUUCAGCGAGAUCCAGAAAACACAACAUCGCAGAGACUCUACAUUUACUGCCGAACUUGUUAAUGAUAAUCUCUUUGAGUGGCACAUUAGGCUACACAAAAUUGAUCCAGAAAGUGAACUCGCAGCAGAUAUGAGAGAACUUGGAAUCCCUCAUAUUCUCUUACAUGUUGUCUUUCCAGAAAACUUUCCAUUUGACCCUCCAUUUAUGAGAGUGAUUUCUCCAAGAAUAGAAAAAGGCUUUGUUAUGGAAGGUGGUGCCAUAUGCAUGGAACUGCUUACACCUAGAGGAUGGGCAAGUGCUUAUACAAUUGAAGCUGUAAUAAUGCAAUUUGCGGCGAGCAUUGUGAAAGGCCAAGGGCGAAUUGCAAGGAAACCAAAGACUCAUAAAGAGUUUAAUCGUCGUUCAGCAGAAGAAUCUUUUAGAAGCUUAGUCAAGACUCAUGAAAAGUAUGGGUGGGUGACUCCUCCAUUAGCAGAAGGUUGAAUAUCGUGUUUUUCAAGGUGUGCCACAAGAAUAGAAUUCAUACAUUUUGAAUGAGUAUAUCUGAUGAUAAAUAUUCUUAAACUUUUUGCGAUAUAUAAUGUUAAAUAUUGUAAAAGUAGUUGAUGAAACGUGGUGUAAUUUUCAUUGGAAUACUUUACUUUAACUAGUUACUUUUACUAGUAUAGUAAUUAUAAUAGAGUAUCUUGAAUAAUUGUGAGAUAUUAUCUUGUUGCUUUCAAAAACGAUUGUUAUUUAAUUCAUUUGUAAAUAUACCGCUAAUGAUAAAGUUUUAAAAAACAUUUCUUGAAAAUAAAAAAAAAGUUAUAACUAAGAUUCUGAAAUUAAGUAUUGUAGGUUUAAAGAGAAAAAGGGUAAAAUUAUAAUAUUUUAGAUACCAACAUUUUUAAAAGUAGAUUUCUUUGAAACAAGCCAAGCACUGCAUAUUUUCAUAGUCAAAAGCUUAAACUGUAUACUUUAAACAGUAUUCAAAAAUGAUCCAAGUUGAUUAAUAAACAUUUUAAUAAAAGAUUGAUAGUUGUUAAAUAUUUAGAAUUCAGUUCUCUGUAUGGUAUAUGCAUACACAGAUGUAUAUUCAAUAUUUAUGUACGUAUAUUAAUUUGUAACAAAAGAUAAAAAUUAGAAACAACAGGAUAAAUACGUCAAAAAAAUAUUACAUUGCAUUAACAUUAACUGUGCAAGUGUAUAAGUGUGUAAGUAUAUAUAUACCUGCUGAGAAAACCUUAAUUAAUAAGGUAUUUACAAAACGCUUUAGACAUUUUUCAUGUACCUAAAAGUGAUGUACCUCCGUGAACAUAAAAAAAUAAAAGUUAAAAGAUGUCACAUACUGUGAUCUCUUUAUUAUUGAAUAUCUGAUCAAAUUUAUCUAUUGAACUCAUUCCACCAUAAUAAAGUUUUAAAAUUAAUU